ACAAACCUGCCCUUUCUCCUCCAGCUUCCCAAAGGUGCCAGGUGGCGAUCUGCAAAAGCAUUGUCUGGCCCUCAGGGCUUGACAGUUAAUGAUUUGUCGCACGAGCGGGGCGGAGGAGUACCGGGACGCGGGCGAGCGUGCUAGCGAGCACAGCAGGAGAGCAAAGCAGGGCGCGAGCCGAGUCCGCGCCGUUCUCACAGGCACCGCCUCCUGUCUUCCGGGCCCGAGCACUUCUCGGGGUUCCGGGCACGCGAGGCUCGUAGGGACCCCAUGGAGGCUGAGUCGCCGGCGAGCGCGGGGGCCAGCGAGCCCCAGGCGCUGGGUACGGUGGGCAGUAUCGGCAGCCAACUGAGCAGGAUCCGAGACAAACUCUUCACCUGGGAUAUUUUGAAGACCAUAGCUCUGGGCCAGAUGCUUUCCUUGUGUAUUUGCGGCACAGCCAUCACCAGCCAGUAUUUGGCAGAGAAGUACAGAGUGAACACGCCCAUGCUUCAGAGUUUCAUCAACUACUGCUUGCUGUUCCUGGUUUAUACAGUGAUGCUGGCGUUUCGGUCUGGCAGUGAUAACCUUCUGGAGAUUUUGAAGAGAAAAUGGUGGAAGUACGCUCUCUUGGGGCUUGCCGAUGUGGAAGCCAAUUAUCUGAUUGUCAGAGCAUACCAGUACACCACCCUGACCAGUGUCCAGCUCUUGGAUUGCUUUGGAAUUCCUGUGUUGAUGGCGCUCUCCUGGUUUAUUCUCCGAGCAAGAUACAAAGUGAUCCACUUCAUUGCCGUGUUUGUCUGUCUGCUGGGUGUAGGGACCAUGGUUGGCGCAGAUAUACUAGCCGGGCGAGAAGAUAAUUCAGGGAGCGAUGUUCUCAUCGGCGACAUCCUGGUCCUGCUUGGGGCUUCCUUGUAUGCUGUGUCUAACGUGUGUGAGGAGUACAUCGUGAAGAAGCUGAGCAGACAGGAAUUUUUAGGAAUGGUGGGACUGUUUGGAACCAUCAUCAGUGGCAUACAACUAUUGAUUGUGGAAUAUAAAGACAUUGCCCGGAUUCAAUGGGACUGGAAAAUUGCCCUGUUAUUUGUGGCAUUUGCCCUCUGUAUGUUUUGCCUGUACAGCUUCAUGCCAUUGGUGAUUAAAGUUACUAGUGCCACUUCAGUCAACCUGGGCAUCCUGACAGCUGACCUCUACAGCCUUUUCUUUGGGCUUUUUCUAUUCGAGUAUAAGUUUUCAGGACUCUACAUCCUGUCAUUCACGGUCAUCAUGGUAGGCUUUAUCCUGUACUGCUCCACCCCAACGCGCACCGCAGAGCCAGCAGAGAGCAGCGUGCCUCCUGUCACCAGCAUCGGGAUCGACAAUCUGGGCCUGAAGCUUGAGGAGACCAGUCUCCCAGAGACCCACUCUGCAGUCUUGUAGCUGGACAAGCCACAGACGCCGGCGUGUCACCAGGAGUGAGCAGAGCCUGCCACUGCCAAGGGCGUAUCUGAGGCGACAUCGGCCUCGGAGGGAAAAUGUUGAUGGUUAGGUUGUAGAAAGGAACACUGACUAGUGGUUCCAAACUAGAAAUACUAAAAUAGAACAGAGAGCCCGAGGGUAGUGUUUCUGUGUGUUGAGUACCAGUACCUGUGAGCCGGAGUGACAUGUGCAAGGCUCCUUGCUGGGGUUUCAGAAACACGUGUGAGAAGAGGAGGGAUGGGGAGCUGCUUCGGGGCUGUUUAGGUAGUUAGGAGUUGAGAGAGUCUGGGAUGGUUGUGCAAUAAGAGUCCUCUGUUGGGAGCUUCAUGGUUUUUGUUCUGCUGGGGCAGUCACUGCCCAUGGGCCUUAUGAAAUUUAGACACCCAUGACGCCUGGUCCCUGGUGGUGGGUGGUGGGAAAAAUGGGUGGGGCAGCACUCCAUUGCCCAAGAUAAACUGUGACUACUUUGAAAGCAGCUAAUGAGUACAGGAAUCCAGAAAUCCUCUCCCAGUUGUGUUCCUUGAUGUUUUAUAGCCAGUCCCUCCCCUCUGUCCUCUUGCUUAUCCCUAGCCACGUUUGUUCCUGCGUUCUGAGUUCCGGAGCAAACCACUCUCAAAGCCUGUUACAUUUGGGUAUCUCUCCCAUUCAGCCCCACACUAUACCCUGAGACUUCUCCAAGCUAAUCCACUCCUCUUACCCUUUUAAAAAUAUCCCCGGUGCCCGGGAAAGAGUCAUCCCCGUUGUCUUCACCUCACCAAGCCACAGUUUAGAAAAUUAACCCGCUGCAACUUCUCAUAGCAAGACAAGAGCUUGCUGUCUCAGGUUGGGAAAAAAAUGCAUUAUCAUUAAAUCAAAAACACAGCGCUAAUCACUUCCCAUCGAAGAAAGGAACACUGACCAAUGGUUCCACACUAGGAUUCCUAAAGUGGGUUGGUGCUGGGGUUCUGGAGUCCUGACUGUAGGAGGAGAGUGUCUUCCUUCUUCCCAUGGGUUUAUGAUGCUCGCAGGUUUGUGACAAUUCCUCAGCACGGUGUCAACACAUAGCCUCAGCAUAAAGUCAGCCACCAGAGUGCCACCUUCAGAAAACUCUAUGUAAAUUGUUUUUGUAUAAGUAUAAUAAAGAAAUUUGGGGUAAGUGUUCAUAUUAUUAAAAGACUUUAA